UUUUUUUCCUAAUUGCAAGGUCUGCGAUUUCUUGUAUAAUGUUUUAUAGAGGUGGUUAUAGAAAUUAUCCUUAAAUCAUUCUUAGUCUCAGGGGAAACUUUCAAUAUUCAUCAUUAGCAUGUUUGCUAUAGGGUUUUAUCAGAUUGAGAGCAUUUUCUUCCAAUCCUAGUGUGUUGUAAAUUGGAGAGUAAAUCCUCCUUGUGAGGUCUUUAAGGAUCACUUCAGUAAGGCCAUGGAAAUACUAUGAGAGGCAUAUGCAAUUAAAUCAUCUAUUAUGCUUGCGGGUCCUAGAAAGGAAAGCACAGCGCAUCAUGCAGAAGGCCCUAUGGGAGAAGGGCCAGAUCUGCGAUUUCCUUCUGGUUGGCUGUCCUGCGUGGGUGCCAAAUUCCACACAUGAUUUAAUGAAUAAGAAGGGGGCUUGGAGCAAAGGUCCUUGAAGAGAGCAAGAAAAAGUCUUCCCAGGAAAAGCGGUCACCUGAGUGAGUGUUACAACGAGAAGCGGGGGCAUCCCAGGCAAGGCAGCUACCAAGCAAAGGUGUGAAGGAGAUGUCAGUGAAAAAAGGGAUCCAGAAUGAUUACUAACCUAUGACUCCCAACAGUAUGACAGAAAAUGGCCUUACAGCCUGGGACAAACCGAAGCACUGUCCAGACCGAGAACACGACUGGAAGCUAGUAGGAAUGUCUGAAGCCUGUCUACAUAGGAAGAGCCAUUCAGAGAGGCGUAGCACAUUGAAAAAUGAACAGUCGUCGCCACAUCUCAUCCAGGCCACUUGGACUAGCUCAAUAUUCCAUCUGGACCAUGAUGAUGUGAACGACCAGAGUGUUUCGAGUGCCCAGACCUUCCAAACGGAGGAGAAGAAAUGUAAAGGGUACAUUCCCAGUUACUUAGACAAGGACGAGCUCUGUGUAGUGUGUGGUGACAAAGCCACUGGGUAUCACUACCGCUGUAUCACGUGUGAAGGCUGCAAGGGUUUCUUUAGAAGAACCAUUCAGAAAAAUCUCCAUCCCUCCUAUUCCUGUAAAUAUGAAGGAAAAUGUGUCAUAGACAAAGUCACGCGAAAUCAGUGCCAGGAAUGUCGCUUUAAGAAAUGCAUCUAUGUUGGCAUGGCAACAGAUUUGGUGCUGGAUGACAGCAAGAGGCUGGCCAAGAGGAAGCUAAUAGAGGAGAACCGGGAGAAGAGACGGCGGGAAGAACUGCAGAAAUCCAUCGGGCACAAGCCAGAGCCCACAGACGAGGAAUGGGAGCUCAUCAAAACUGUCACCGAAGCCCACGUGGCGACCAACGCCCAAGGCAGCCACUGGAAGCAAAAACGGAAAUUCCUGCCAGAAGACAUUGGACAAGCACCAAUAGUCAAUGCCCCAGAAGGUGGAAAGGUUGACUUGGAAGCCUUCAGCCAUUUUACAAAAAUCAUCACACCAGCAAUUACCAGAGUGGUGGAUUUUGCCAAAAAGUUGCCUAUGUUUUGUGAGCUGCCAUGUGAAGACCAGAUCAUCCUCCUCAAAGGCUGCUGCAUGGAGAUCAUGUCCCUUCGCGCUGCUGUGCGCUAUGACCCAGAAAGUGAGACUUUAACCUUGAAUGGGGAAAUGGCAGUGACACGGGGCCAGCUGAAAAAUGGGGGUCUUGGGGUGGUGUCAGACGCCAUCUUUGACCUGGGCAUGUCUCUGUCUUCUUUCAACCUGGAUGACACUGAAGUAGCCCUCCUUCAGGCCGUCCUGCUGAUGUCUUCAGAUCGCCCGGGGCUCGCCUGUGUUGAGAGAAUAGAAAAGUACCAAGAUAGUUUCCUGCUGGCCUUUGAACACUAUAUCAAUUACCGAAAACACCACGUGACACACUUUUGGCCAAAACUCCUGAUGAAGGUGACAGACCUGCGGAUGAUAGGAGCCUGCCAUGCCAGCCGCUUCCUGCACAUGAAGGUGGAAUGCCCCACAGAACUCUUCCCCCCUUUGUUCUUGGAAGUGUUCGAGGAUUAGACUGACUGGAUUCAUUCUCAUAAUUCCUACAGCACUACUGGGUGUCAUUUCAUUCCAUUGCCUAGCUCUUCUUUGUUUGUUUCUUUGUGUCAGGAGGGAUUAUUUGGGAGGGAAAAGGGAAGUAGUCCUUGGCAUAGACAUGGAUGAAAUUGCCCCUGGAAUGCGGGUACUUGAAACUAUUGCAUUUCGUUCUCCGGUCCUUUGAUGUGAAUGCUCUGAAGGUUUUACGGUUGUAGAGGUGGGGUGGGGGACAAUCAUUAACUCACCAGCAUCAAGCAUCACCAGCUCCCACCCAUCCCCAGUCCGAGACUCGAGUCAGCAAAAUGGCACUGCAGGACACUAAAGAAGCCUUAAAACCAAGAUAAUACGACCACCUCCACCCAAUCCUGAUGUGUGCAGGGCUGAAGUUAGCAGAGUACAGACCACGUUUAGUUAGAUGUGGCUUUCAGCCUUUUAGGGAAAGACUUGAACAAAUUUUCACCUGUUCAAGAGCAUGCUGUUUCCAGCACUCUUUAUCGUCUCCUAGGAGCAUAACUUGGAAUGCACAGGAAUAUUUGUGUCCUAAAAAAUCAGUUGUCCUUCCAAUAUCAGUUUUAUACCCUUAUUAGAUUUAAUUCAAGUUAUACAAGGGUGUGACUCAAGGAUGUACAGAUAUUGACUGAUUGAGGCCAACAAGGAAAAUAAUUAUUUUCAGUGAGCCCAGAGAAAUUAGAAAUCUUCACCAAUGUCAGUGAUUCCAUGGUUUCCAAAAAUUCAUAGUAUUACCUCACAGUAGGAAGGCUUCUUUCCCAUUUAGGCUCAGAAAAUACUUACAGAAAUCAAACCUAUUCACAGGGUGGCACCCCUUUUCUGUGGCAUCUGAUCUGUCAUCUCCCAAGCUCCCGAACUUCUUUAUCCAGGUUGUAUCUUUGCUGAGCUGACAACAGAUUUCUCUAUGGAUCAAAUAUUCUAAUCAAGGAAAGAUACGCUGAAAUUUCAGUCUUCUUCCAGAGAAAUUCUGAGGAGAGAUUAGUGCAGCUACAUUCUCAGUUGAAGGAAAUGCAGUGUUCUGAGGGCCCCUUUGUGUCCCGAUAGCUGGAGGAUGCUUCCUUCUGGUUAGAUCCUCAAGCUCCUUGCCUCAUUGACAAAUGUCUCCUAGUCCCCUUUUUCCCUCUGACUCUGAGGCACUAGCAUAGCUUGACUAUCUCUAAACAGAGACUGGCCCUGCUACUGACCCUCCUGUCCCUCUUAUAGCACACCCUGACAGAUACUCAAUAGAAAACACCUGCAGACCAUGUGCACACUUACCUUUCCUGCCCAACCUGCCUUCCCAAUGGCCCAUGCGAGAAUAGCUUGUGCCCAGAAAACAAACAGUGACACUUCAUCUCUUCAGUGUCAGAAAAUGGGCAUAGAAUGUACCCAUGCAAUUGAAUGUAUCUCAUUCUCCACUGGCAUAGUAGAUAUAAAGUAUUCCUUUGCCUACCUUUUACUGCCUUAUCCUGGAAAUAUUGGGGAAAAUAAGCCAUAUCAGUGAGAUUUACCUAAAAACAAAGGAAGGAAAGUCACUGUGAAAACCAAGUAGAUGCUUUAAGUUUGGUGGGGCAUAACUGGCCCAGAAGUCUGGGUGCCUGAGUUCUAGGGCGUGCUCUGUCAGCUGGUAGAUUUGUAAUUCUAGGUCUUGGUUUUCUCGCCUGGUGAAUAAGUCAUGAUCUCUAAAACCCUUCCUGUCCUUAAUAUUGUAUGCAUUUCAAGGGGAAAAAAUCUGGUUCCUUUGAUUUUUUUUUAACACUUAAAUUCCUAACUUUAUUAGACAAGAAGUAUGGCCCACUUAACACUUAAGGAACAUAAAUUUGGUAUUGACUCGAAAUAAUAAUUUGACACAAUACUAGUCAAUCAUUUAGAGUCCUUGGAAAAAGAAGAGGAACAGCACUGAAAAUUCCAAGUGUGAUUGGAAAUUAUCUGGGAGCGGGGAAUUAAAUGUUCAAUGCAUGAAAGCAAUUGUACUGGCUUCUGGGAAAAAGGAAACAAGAACAUUGCUAUGGAACUUGUUACCCAAAGAAAGGAAGUAAGUGAAAAGAUUUACAAUUAUAAGCACGAAGGUCAUUGGCAGAUUACCUGCUUUAUCUACAGACAGAUCGUUUUGGGGUUUGGUUUUGUCUAGGCAGUCUCUGGCCAGGCUCCUUAAGUGCUUGCUCUGCUAAUAUUUCAGCUUCCUCUCGACUCCUUGAGGAACCACGCUUUGGAAGACAAACACUUAGCCACCUCUGUGCUCCAGGGUAACCCUGAGAAGCUCUGCUGUCUGGGGCAAGCUUUCUUUCCAAAGGGAAUGAGAGGAAGGCAAGCAGGCAGGGUCCUGCAGCAUCAGGCCUUCUGGGGAGUUUCCUCAUUUUGUUUGACAGGGUCCUCAGUACAUCGGACACCCAGAUUUGAAUAUAAGUUCAGAGCCUGAUCUCAAGCUAAAUCAGAAUGCUUUGGGGACUAACCAUGAUCGAGAAUUGGCCAAAUGGUAUAGCAUAUAACAGUCAUCCAGCCAGCCCAAGUAAAGGAACACUUGAUCCUUGGCACCUUAAAUGAUUGCCUUCAAUAGGCAAACUGCUGGUCUGGAAAUCUUGUUGAAGGCUGAAUACUUCAUGUGGAGUAGGACAAGCCUUAGCCCACUUCAGGUUGAAAGGAAAGGCCAUAGGACUCAAAAGACAAUGACUCUGAAACUAAACUCCUUCCUUCUGAAGCUGACAGAGGUACUUAGUGCAUCUCAAGACUCCAUCUCAUAAAACUCAUUUGUGAGGGAUUUGCUCUAGAUUUUUCUAAACAUUUUUUCAUCUAUUGUCCAGACUUGCAAAUCCAGUGUGGACCUGACGGAGACACCCUUCACACCUGCGCUCCCACCCCCUCGGCAGGGAGACGUCUCAGUAGAGGAGAACACACCCAUUAUGCUGGGAUUCGUAUUUAUAAGUCACUUCCCUUUUAGGGAUGAGCGGUGUGGGGUGUGUGUGCGUGCGUGAGCGUGUGCGCGUGCGUGUGCGUGUGUGGCCCUCAAGUGUACUUUGCUGUUCAAUUUAGACGUGCAGUAUUUCCAGAAACAAUGAAAAAAGUAAGAUGUUUUCUUCUUUAUGAUUCUGCUCAAAACACCACGUGCCGCCUCAGAGCUUUUUCUAGAGCCUCGGUCCUCAAUGACGCGCUUGACGUGUUGAUGCCUCAGCCCAGCGAAACCCCCUCACCUGUGCCCCGGGCGACAGCUCUUCAGUGUGCAGUGCAGGCCUGGGGUGGACUGCCAGGCCUUCGCUCUGUACCAGCAACGCCGUUCUUGUUGCUCCUCCCUGAACAGGGGUACAAGCCCUGGCCCCUCCUCGACACUAAGCCCCCCACAGACUCAGCCUCCAAGGAACCGCUGAGCACCCUCGAAGCAUGUCAUUGUCAGUGAUACCUUUUUAUUCUAUGGAACUCUAACCUAUUCGUGUCAUAUUGACCUUUUGCUGCAUGAGUCAUAAAUUAUGAAAUCAGUCUUACGGUUUUUGAAAUGUAGCCAGCAUUUGUAAGGCUAAACCUUUUUCAUGAACUGAAUUUAAGUGAAUACCCAAGCCACAGUUCCUCUUCAAAUGGAGAGUGAUGAUCGACGUUUGAAUCUCUUUGCCCUUUCCAACGGCUAUGGCAUCAGGUUCUAAAAUAAGCUCGUAAUUUUUCCUGUUAUUUUAAUAAUAUGGAAAUAUUAGCAUAGUGUUUCUUUUGAUAGUGAUAGACUAUAAUCCAUAUUUAAAUUUUAUAGAGAAGAAAUUUUAUUGUACUGUGAUGUAGAUAUUUAUUAUCCAGGUAAGGAUUUGCCCGGUGUGUAUUUUUUACAAUUGAGACAUUUUACUUUAAUCUUUAAAAAAAAAAAAAAAUGCGUUAAAAACACACUCAAAAAAAAAAAAAGAAAAAGAAAAACAGACUGGGGGAAAAAAGGUUUGGCCUUAUCACAGAAUUUUUACUGUGCUGUAUAAAUGUUUGCAAAUGCGAAAAGUGUGCAUUUAUAGUAUGUUUCCACAUUAAUUAAUGCCGCCUUCAAGAGCAAUAUUGUGCAGGUAAAACGCUGUUUGUGGCUUUCUGUUGCACAGUUAAAGUUGACCCGCCCUAUGCACAAGACAAUCAAAUAUAAAUCUGUCCUCCUCAGGAUGCAGAUAAUACUCAUGUAAAUUAUGGAGCACAAUGUAAGACAAAAGAAGACACUUUACAUAUGUUUUGUUGAUACAGAAAUUAUCAGGGCAUGAAUGAGCUGAUGUGACAUUAUGCCACUUCUUUCUUUUGGUUCUCUCUUAUUAACUUGGCAUUUUUAAUUUGACCAUAGAGCCAAAUUGGUUCUCCAUGCUUUCCUCAUAGAAAAUCCUUUUUUUUUUUUUUUUUUCCCAUAAUGUUUUCAUGCCCUGAGAAUCAGAAAAAUACUACAGAAUAGAAAAAGAUUUAGUCAUUGGGAGAUUUGUGUUUUGCAAACAGUGUUAAGUGAUAUUGCUAGAUGGUGAUAUUUUUUUCAGCCUAAAACUCUGUUGAAAUCUGCGAUCAAAAUGUUUUAAACUAUCCAAAAAAAAUUUGUAUAUUUGGGAAAAAUGGAUUUUUACAUAGCUUUUGUAUGCAGAUAUAAAACUGUAAUUAUGAAUAUAGUGGGCGUAGAUAAACUCAUAAGCUUAAAUUCUAAAAAAGAAAAAGCUUA